CCCAGACCUUCCAUUCCCAUCAACGGAUAUCAGACGACAAGCCAAAAGCUACGUAACAUCUCGAUGGUGGACGCGGUAUGGAAUAGUUAUAAAGGAGGGCUUCUCCCCUUCCUAACCUCCAGCUCGUCCUCCCGUCCCAUCAGUUACACCAGUAUCCCGAUGUCAGCGAUGCCUCCACCAGGUCCGACCAGCGCCGAAGAGGCAGUGGAGAAACACAAUGCCUUCCAGGUUGAUAUCGAGGAUAGCGCCGUCCAGAAACUAGCUGAUCGGAGCACCAAAUUCGCUCUCCUAAGCACGGAAGCUAAACUUGGGACUGACGCCGAACAUGCCAUGACUCUACGUGAAGCAAUCAGGUUAUACCCCAAAGCCAUCUUCUGGUCAAUGUUCUUAUCACUUGCCAUUGCCAUGGAAGGAUUUGAUAUUGCUUUGAUUGGCUCUUUCUUCGCUUUCCCAGCUUUCACGGAGAAAUUCGGUAAACUCCAGAAGGACGGCAAAACAUAUCAGAUUCCUGCACCAUGGCAAGCUGGACUGUCAAACGGAGCACGUGUCGGUGAAAUCUUAGGUUUAUUUUUGAAUGGCAUAAUUGCGGAGAAGAUUGGAUUCAAGAAGACGAUGAUUCUGACUUUGGCUGCACUAUCCGGAUUUAUUUUUAUCCCAUUCUUUGCCCAAAGCAUUGAGGUGCUAGAGGUCGGAACCAUUCUAAUGGGCGUGCCGUGGGGGGUGUUUCAGACUCUAACGACAUCUUAUGCAUCUGAAGUGUGUCCAGUAGCUUUGAGAGGGUACUUGACGACCUAUGUGAACAUGAUGUGGGGUUUGGGUCAAUUGAUCGCCUCUGGGGUACUGAGAUCUUUGCUUACGAGAAACGACCAGUGGGCGUACAGAAUCCCAUACGCUUUACAAUGGAUGUGGCCAGUUCCUCUCAUCAUCGGCAUUUCAAUGGCACCGGAGUCACCCUGGUGGCUUGUGCGUCAGGGUCGAAAUGACGAUGCGAGAAAAGCUCUCCGCAGACUCACAUCAACAGAAUCCGAGACCGAUAUUGACAAUACAAUCUCCAUGAUGAGGCAUACUAACGAGCUGGAAAAAGAGAUUGGAGCUGGUACUUCGUACUGGGAUUGCUUCAAAGGCGUGAACUUGCGUCGAACUGAGAUCACUUGCAUCACUUGGCUCAUCCAGUCGGCAAGUGGGGCUUCAAUGAUGGGAUAUGCAGUCUACUUCUUCAAACAGGCUGGGAUGGAUACUGAUAUUGCAUUCGAUUUCUCCAUAUCACUAUACGCUGUGGCCAUGGUGGGGGUUGUGAUCGCUUGGUUCGCGAUGACAUAUCUCGGACGUCGUACUAUCUACCUCUCUGGACUUACAGCAAUGUUCGUAACAUUAUUCGCCAUCGGCUGUGUGGGCCUUGCUCCUCAGAACUCGAAAGGCCCAUCAUUCGCCACAGGAGGACUCCUACUUCUCUUCACACUCUGCUACGACAUCACAGUCGGCACGAUAGCUUAUUCAAUCGUCACUGAGAUGCCAUCAACUCGUCUCCGCACCAAGACCAUCGUUCUUGCAAGAAAUCUGUACAAUGUGCAAGGUACGAUCAAUGGAGUUAUCACGCCUUAUAUGUUGAAUCCUUCGGCGUGGAAUUGGAAGGGAAAGGCGGGAUUCUUCUGGGCCGGUAUGUGUCUUCUCUGCUUGAUAUGGUCCUACUUCCGGUUGCCGGAGGGCAAGGGACGUACAUAUGGAGAAAUGGACAUUUUAUUCGAACAGAAGAUCAGUGCAAGAAAAUUUGCCUCCGCAAUCGUGGAUCCGUUUGCUGUUGCUGGCAACAUCCCAGAGGUGGAAGAACAUGUUGACGAGAAAGAAUGA